GUAACACCAUGGUAUGGGGUCCUGGAAGUUGUAGCUUUGCAAGUACCUCACCAAACUACAGAUCCCAGGUCGCUUCUCCCUUUCUGGGGUUUUUCCUAGGCAAGGAAUCCUCAGAGCUGGGUUGCUGUGGCCAUGGCCAUGUUCCAGAAGCAUUCUCUCCUGACGUUUCGCCUAUGGCGGGCAGAGGUUGUGAGGUCUAUUGGAAACUAGGCAAGUGGGGUUUAUAUAUCUGUGGAAGGUCCGGAGGGGGGAGAGAAAUAACUCUUUGUCUGUUGGAGGCCAGUGUGAACGUUGCAAUUAAUCACCUUGAUUAGCAUUGAAAAGCCUUGCAGUUUCAAAGCCUGGAUGUUUCCUGCCUGGGGGAAUCCUUUGUUGGGAGGUGUUAGCUGGCCUACUGAUAGAUAAGCCCUCGGCUUAUCUGUGGACUCCCAUGCAAACGCUAACCAAGGCAAAGCCUGCUUAGCUUCCAUGCAUGAGACCCAGGGUGCAAACACACUGUGGAAUGAAUGCAGUUGGACACCACUUUAGCUGCCCUGGUUCUGUGGGAUCUUGGGGCUUUUACCAUUUCUUGAUCCUUCUCUGACAAGGAAUGCUGGUGUAUCAUCAAACUACUGCUCCCAUAACAAUGAGCCAUAUGCUGUUCAUUCAACAGCAUAGAGGCAAACCUGUGUCUUCCAGCCUCUAUUUAUUUGUGGGGUUUCUCUUAGGCAAGGGAUCCUGAGAGGUCGCUUCCUUUGAAAGCCUAAUCUUCUUUUUACCCAUCCAAAACAUUCUGUAGGUGGUCAUUUGAUUCUUGGAUUGCAACUCAGGAUACAUCUGCACUGUCGAAGUCAUGCAAUUUGAUACCACUUUAACUGCCGCAUCUCAAUGCUAUGGAAUUUGUAGUUUGGUGAGGAACCAUCACUCUUUGGCAGAGAAGGCUGAAGGCUGAAGACGUGUUGUCAAAGGCUUUCAUGGCUGGAAUCACUGGGUUGCUAUGAGUUUUCGGAGUUGUAUGACCAUGUUCCAGAAGCAUUCUCUCCUGACGUUUCACCCACAUAUAUGGCAGGCACCUUCAAAGGUUGUGAGGUCUGUUGGAAACUAGGCAAGGGAAGUUUAUAUAUCUGGGAAAGGUCCAGGGUGAGAGAAAAGACUCUUGUGCGAAUGUUGAAUAGCAUUAAAUAGCCAUGCAGCUUCAAGGCCUGGCUUGAGUAGCAUUGAAUAGCCUUGCAGCUUCAAGGCCUGGCUGCUUCCUGUCUAAGGGAAUCCUUUGUUGGGAAGUGUUAGCUAGCCCUGAUGGUUUCAUGUCUGGAAUUCCCCUGUUUUCAGGGUGUUGUUCUUUAUUUACUGUCCUGAGUUUAGAGGUUUUUAAAACUGGACUUUCUGCAGAUAUAGAAACCUCCCAUGCAUAGUUUCCAAUAUACCUCACAACUACUGAGGAUGCCUGCCAUAGAUGUGGGUGAAACGUCAGGAGAGAAUGCUUCUGAAACAUGGCCGUACAGCCCGGAAAAUUCACAGCAACCCAAGGUUGAAGACCUUUAUCAAACUACAAAUCCCAGGACUCCAUAGCACUGACCCAAGGCAGUCAAACUCAGGUCUAACGGCAUUCAUUCUACAAUGUAGAUGCUCUCUUUCUCAGUCCCACAAAACCAUCACCAAUCAAUAGCUUGCCCUAAAUCAUGAAACAAGACUUGAAGGCACACAACAGUAACCGAUCUAUAUAUAUAAAAGAGUAAUGGCAUCAGGGCGAUGCACAAAACAACAAAAGUAAAGGCCCUCCAACCUUGAAAUUUGGCCACAUAACCCAUUAUCCACGGCUCCAGUAAGAUACAGCACAAUUAGAUGCCAAACACAAUCACAGGGCCAACAAAAGCCCAAAAACCGCAACAGGCGAUCUGCGCCUGCGCGCACACCGCCCUCUCCUCCCUUCCCGCGCGUGCACACACACACACAUCAUCCUCACCCAGGAAGCUUCACAAACACCUAGCCAUAGCUGGGCCUGGGCUGAAGGAAGGCAGGAAGGUGGAUUCCUCUGCCCUCUCCCCCUCAAUCUCCUCCCCCCUCAGGGUCCAUGGAGGGUCGCCGAGCAGCCCCCUCCUCCCGCCCCUCUCCCCUCCCCUCAGCGCCAGGAAGGCCCCGCGGACCCCCGCCUCACCCUCUCUCCUCCUCUCGGCCUCGGCCUUCCUCCUACCGGGCCCUCCGCAGCGCCGUCUGCACCCUUGCCCGCCUCAAGGACUUCUUCCCGGGUUCUUCUCUGAGGACUUCAAGAUGAAGAAGAGGCAGCAAGACAUUGUACGUUUUCUGGAAGCCAACAAGAUCGACUUUGUAGAGGUGGAUAUCACUAUGUCAGAGGAGCAAAGGCGAUGGAUGUAUAAAAACAUCCCUAAGGACAAACAACCCUCACAAGGCAAUCCGCUGCCUCCCCAGAUUUUCAGUGACGAUGAAUAUCGCGGAGUGAUUCUGCAGUGGGAUCCUAAGUGUUCGAUAACCUUGGUCCUGAGGACGUUGCAUUUUGUUUUGUAAAGUUUCAGGGAUCAAAUUGUUGACUGAUACCUUUUUAAAAUUUCAUAGAUGGGUUUUUGUUCCGAAAGGUUCAAAGUCCACAAGGAAUUGCUAUAAAGCCAACUGAAAGUAAGCUUUCAAGUUCUUUGGAACUUUUCGGCAUGGUGAAUAUUAAAAGGAAAUGGAACUUGACUUGAUGAUGAAGGAAUAAAUGUCUGCAUUGUUUACAUAAGAGUUGGGAAUCUUUGACACUCAAGUUGAUUUAACCCACAAUUUCCACAGAUUCACCCAUGGGAAUUGUAGCCCAAAAUAUCUUGGAGGCAGCACCUUUAAUUGGAGUAGGUGCUACUAGAUGCUACAGUGGUUUCAAGUAACACUUAGGUACCGUAUAUACUCAAAUAUAGGCAGAAUUUUUCAGCCCUUUUGGGGCUGAACCCCCCCCCCCCCCCAGCUUAUAGUCGAGUGAGGGUCCUGGCCGGCUUAUUUUCAGGUCGGCUUAUAGUCAAGUAUAUAGGUAAUCAGAGUUGGACAGUCUUUAUCUUAUUAAAGCCUUAUUAUUAUCUUAAAUUACAGUUUUAUAUAAAUAUUCAAAAACAUUUGACCUACUGAUGCCUCAAUUAAUGUAAUUUUAUUGAUAUCUAUUUUUAUUUUUGAAAUUUACCAGUAGCUGCUGCAUUUCCCACCCUUGUCUUAUACUCAAGUCAAUAAAUUUUCCCAGUUUUUAUGGUAAAAUUAGGUGCCUCGGCUUAUAUUCGGGUUGGCCUAUAUUCAAGUAUAUAUGGUAUAUGGAGUUGAGGACAAAUAGAAUUGAUAGUUCCUCAUUUUUCUUCAAAUUGAUGUGAAUCACACUCUCCUUGUUAUAUCGUGAAUAGCAGCUACGAUAAACAUGUCCAUUUUUUUUAAUGAACAAAAGUGGAGUUCAAUCUUAGAAGAUGGACUAAGGCAAAUAAGUUAAGGGAACACAAGUUAGGAAUUAUUGGCCUAGUGGCUGAAGGUGAUAUCUCUUCGAAGAAUCCAGUUUGAUUGCAGAAACUCAGUAGGCUUGAGCUUGGUUAGUAUUUAAAGACCAUUAGGAGAGACGAAACAUUACUCAGUACAGCCAGGGAAAAAUCCUGCCUGAAACCCUUAAAAAGUCAAAGAAUCGUCAAGUAGUUUGACUGGGUAUAAGGCAGCUUCCUCCCUUUGGAAAUCUCAUCUUCAGGGGAGUAAAUAUUUCUUUUUCCAGUUUCAGGAUCCUGCAGCAUUGGACGAGUUAUCUUGGGCAAGGUUUGUCAGCCCAUGGGAUAUGCCCAAGUAUACAUUAACCUAUGAAGACAUUAUUUUUCCCUAUUGGCCGCAAGGAUCUGUGAGCUGUUUUCUGAUGUAAAACACCUUUUGUGUCUGUUAAUCAAAAAUGCAUUCUUGUUUUAAACCUGCACUAGUCCUGAUAUAUGAAUCUCCUAGAAAAUCUGGGGAGACUAUUUCUAGAUCAAGACACACACCCAAUUCGUAUAUAUCAAUGACACUUAUGUUACCUGCCUUUCUGUUAUUCUGAAGGGCAGAAGUUAUUGUCACUGCAGUAGUAUCUGCUGUCCAUGCAAAAGAUUAGAGUCAUCCCUCCACAUUUGCUGGGGUUAGAAGCUCAGGAAAGUGGAAAAACAUGAAUUAAAAAUCCAGUAUUAGGAAAACUGAGGUCCCCUUCUAGACAGGCCCUAUAUCCCAGGAUCUCAUCCCAGGUUUCCUGCUUUAAACUGGAUUAUAUGAGUCCCUACUGCCAGAUAUUCUGGGAUAAACAGAUAACCUGGGAUCAGAUUCUAGGAUAUAGGGCCUGUCUGGAAGGGCCCUUAGAGAUACCCUAGGAAUCUCUAAGUCUUCCAACUCAACUCUACAGUCAGAUUCUGCUGGAAGUUGACCAUAGAAUGAAACUGGCUAGCUCCUCCAGCACAACUGUAUGGUAGAAGUUGACCAUACUGGAGGACCUAGAAAUUUCUAGACAUAACUUAUUAAUUAAAUCCUUGAAUAAUCAGAUCUGCAAAUGUAGAGGGCCAGGUUUAUUAGUAUUUAUCAUAGUUGACUGCUGGUUUGUGGGUACUUGGUCAUGUUUUAGUGCCCACAGAAGCGCUGUGGUCCUUGAACAGAGUGAACAUCUGAUGCUAGCAGCUGUCUAAGCGUUAGGCCAAUCCUGUUAACACAGUGCAUUCCUUGUAACUAAUUUAAUCCUUUACAGUGCCUUGGCCAAAGUUAACUUUGCAAUUAGCCAUUAUGAGUAUGAACGUUGAAAGUGGAUAGCUGAAAAUGGGAGCUUUAUUCAGAGAUGAACAAAUCUACAAAAUAUUAUUGGCUUUGCUGCAAAGUAUGCAAUUCAUUGAAACGCAGCCAAGGUCUCACCUUUUGAGUUAAAGAGCUGUUUUAUGUGCAGCAAAAUCCAUGCUUGAUGAGCUGCCUGAUGGGUAUCUUUGUAAUUAGGAGAGAUUUCUUUGCUUUCCAUAUGUUUCAAAUAUCGCAGAGAAGCAAAUUUCUUUGUAGGAUUUCUUCCAGCUGAAUAGGAAAUCUGAAGGUGGAUCUUUAGCUGAUUGUAUGAGUAACAGAGCAACACCAUCCUGCUGUGUGCAUGGAUUUUAUUUACUUCAGUCUCUCUCUCCCUCUGUGGGUAUAUAUGGGUGGGUGAGACAGAAAAUAUGCACAGGGUUUUUAAAACAUUUAUAUGCAUUGGAUAUGAAAUACAGUGAUGACAAAUUUUACUUUUAAAGAACAUCACUGUUCUUAGUCUUAAUGAAAAUACUUUCACAGUUUCUGCAAAAUGGAUGAAUCAUGUUUAAGUGCCUUAAACAGGCCUGUCCUUCAGGAAUUCUGUCUUAAUUUAGUUAAUAUUACAAAAUGCAAAACUAUACUUACUGUGUCUGGGAUCCUUUCUUGUGACAUUUUAAAGACAGCAGGUAUGUUUUCCCUGUCUGCAAAUGUUAUGUGAAAUAAACAUACAGACACACCAGCUUGAUUUGCAAGCUCAGUUGGGUUUCUGAAAUGGAACCCUAUUAUGGCAUUGCCAUAGUUAUCUAGUUGAUGCUAUUCACAAAGACUCUUAUGCCUGAAUGCUCAUUUAUGAAUGACUCCUGUUGUGUCCCUAUAGAAUGACUAAAUGACACUUGUGUGGUGUUUUGAACUAUUCAAACGGUUGCUGUGUGUUUUCCGGACUGUAUGGCUAUGUUCCAGAAGUAUUCUCUCCUGACGUUUUGCCCACAUCUAUGGCAGGCAUCCUCAGAGGUUGUGAGGUACAUGGGAAAACUAAGAAAGGAAGGUUUAUGUAUCUAUAAAAUCAGAACAGUAAAUAAAGAACAGCACUCUAAAAACAGAGGAAUUUAAGACAUGAAUCAAUCAGGGACAGCUAACGACUCUGAACAAAGGAUUCCCCCAGGCAGGAACAAGCCAAGAGAUGAAGCUUGCUAGGCUAUUCAGUGCUAAUCAAGGUGAUCAAUCACAACAUUUACACUGGCCUCCAACUGAACAGAGUUCUUUCUCCCACCCUAGACCUUCCUCAGAUAUAUAAACCCUCCUUUCUUAGUUUUCCCAUAUCCCUCACAACCUCUGAGGAUGCCUGCCAUAGAUGUCAGGAGAGAAUACUUCUGGAACAUGGCCAUACAGCCCAGAAAAUACACAACAACCCUGUGAUACUGGCCAUGAAAGCCUUCAACAACUAUUCAAAUGUUUCAUUGUUGUUGUGCGCCUUCAAGUCGUUUCCGAGGUACGGUUACCCUAAGGCAAUCCUUCUCACAGAGGUGGGUUUUUUGGUAAGAUUUGUUGAGGAGGGUGUGCCUUUGCCUUCCCCUGAAGCUGAGAGAACUCAGUAGGCUUGAGCUUGGUUAGCAUUUAAAGACCAUUAGGAGAGACGAAACUUUACUCAGUGAAGCCAGGGAACAAUCCUUCUUGAAACCUUUAAAAAUGUUGAUGUCAGUCAAAGAAUGGUCAAAUAGUCUGAAUAUAAGGCAGCUUCAUCCCAUCUUCAAAGUAAAUAUUUUCUUU